AUGGGGGUGGGGGCGUCGAGCGUGGUGGCGCCGGAGGGGUACGGCCGGGGGUGGGGGCAGACGUCGCUGGGCGACAUGCCCGAGAGCUGCGUCGCGGCGGUGCUGCUCUACCUCGACCCUGCUGAGAUCUGCCAGGUGGCCUGCCUCAACCGGGCGUUCCGGGGCGCGGCCUCCGCCGACUGCAUCUGGGCCGCCAAGUUACCCGCCAACUACAGGUACCUCGCCGCACUCGCGGCGGCGGCCGACGACGACGACUGCGGCUGCGAUGACGCGGCGGAAGGCAGUGAUGGCAGGUGCUGCUCCUCGGCGGCGAUCAAGAAGGAGAUAUACGCGCGCCUCUGCCGGCCCACCCCGUUCGACGGCGGCACCAAGGAAUUUUGGAUCGAGAAGAACAAGGGAGGUUUCUGCAUGUCCAUCUCCUCAAAGUCUAUGUCGAUCACGGGGAGGGAUGAUCGGCGGUAUUGGAGCCACCUAUCCACAGAGGAAUCAAGAUUUCACAGUGUUGCCUAUCUUCAGCAAAUUUGGUGGCUUGAGGUAGGUGGGGAGAUUGAUUUCUGCUUUCCUGCCGGUUCAUACAGCCUAUUCUUCCGGCUCCAUUUGGGCCGGCCGCACAAGCGGAUGGGCCGCCGAGGCCAUGGCUCUGAGAAUAUCCACGGUUGGGACAUCAAACCGACACGGUUCCAGCUUUCAACUUCAAACGAUCAGCACAUUGCAUCCGAGUCUUACCUAAUUAACCCUGGAAGAUGGAUCCUUUACCACGUCGGUGAUUUCAUCAUAUCGAGUUCAGAUGAGGUGACGGAACUCAAGUUCUCUAUGAUGCAGAUUGAUUACGGCAUAGAUGAUGCCGGGGAUGUAGGUGAGGAAGGUGAGGAGGAGGCAGAUCCAGGACUCGUGCCCGCACCCGAACAAAAAAGGAAUGAAAUCCAAAAUCAAAUGGAAGACACUAAUGACAACACGAGCCUUCAGGACGGAGACGACGAGAGAAGCACAGCCUUCACCGACAAUGACGCUAGAGCCGGAGUUGUUGUCGGCACCACCGCCUCCGCCUCCGCCUAUGCCGCCGCCUCCGCCUACACCUGCACCUCCACCUCCGCCUCCGCCAACGCCAGCACUGGCGUCGGUACCUACGCCUAUGCCUCCGCCUCCGCCUCCGGCGAGCAACAAGCUCUCUCUCUCUCUCUUCUCUCUCUCUCUCUCCCUCUCUCACCUACACAGAACAAAAUAUCUGAAUGGAUAAGCUAA